AUGUCAUCAAAUGCCUAUCAUGUCAACUAUCUAUGUUAUCAACCAAAUCCCAAAUACACACCACAUAGACCUAAUGUCAAAAUGAUCUCUGUAUUAGUUUACAGCGCAUUGGAGACGGGGUUAUACCAGAAAUGGGCCGAUGAUAUCGUUGAAGUUGCCUCUCAUAUCUACGACACCGAUGACGAGCCCAUUGUUAGCACCGAAUCGGACAAUGAGUUUGCUAUCAAAGUUAGGAUAGCUUUGGGACCGUUUGCCGUCGGAAUU